UUAACACGCGUCGCAGAUGAACAGUCCCCGGGUCGGGUCGGACCACAUUUCAUCCCCAUACACCAGAAAAUCGUGUUGCAGUGUUAGAAGAGAGAAAAAGAGGGAUAAUCAUCCCGCCAAACAUGGGAAGGGUUUAAGCUUCCAAAACCCUAUUCUUCUCCCUCCUCACCUGCAACUCCUUCUCUCUCUCUCUCUAUACACACGCAUUUCCGGAAACCCUACUGAUUCAAACAGCAAGAUGAGCUACGCAGCGUAUAAGAUGAUGCACUGGCCAACCGGCAUCGAGAACUGCGCUUCCGGAUUCAUCACUCACUCCAGUGUAGACUUUACACCACAAAUCCCUCCGAUUCAGACUGAUGACCUCGAUUCUGACUGGCCGGCGGCGAAACCAAUCGGCCCGGUUCCGAACCUCAUCGUCACCGCCGGUAACAUUCUCGAGGUUUAUGUAGUUAGGGUUCAAGAAGAAAGUAGCAGCAGAGAAUCAAAAGGGCCAAUUGAAACUAAGCGUGGCGGUGUCAUGGCCGGUAUAUCUGGAGCUUCGCUCGAACUUGUUUGCCAUUACAGGUUGCAUGGUAAUGUUGAAUCGAUAGCCGUGUUGUCGGUAGGAGGUGUUGAUGGUGGUAGGAGGAGGGAUUCGAUUAUCUUAACCUGUCAAGAUGCUAAAAUUUCAAUCUUAGAGUUUGAUGAAUCUACUCAUGGACUUCGUACAAGCUCCAUGCACUGUUUUGAGGGUCCAGAGUGGCUUCAUCUGAAAAGAGGUAGAGAAUCGUUUGCUAGAGGUCCAGUGGUUAAAGUUGAUCCACAAGGAAGGUGUGCUGGGGUUCAUGUUUAUGGCCUCCAGAUGAUAAUACUUAAGGCUGCUGAGGCUGGUUCUAGUUUGGUUGGUGAAGACAAAGCCUUUAGUGCGGGGCCCACUGUGUCUGCUCGUAUCGAGUCAUCAUACAUAAUCAAUUUACGGGAUCUGGAUAUGAAGCAUGUAAAGGAUUUUGUUUUCGUGAAUGGUUAUAUUGAGCCGGUAAUGGUUAUCCUGCAUGAACGAGAGCUUACUUGGGCUGGGCGUGUCUCGUGGAAACAUCAUACGUGUAUGAUUUCAGCACUUAGUAUCAGCACAACAUUGAAGCAACAUCCACUCAUAUGGUUAGCCUCUAAUCUUCCACAUGAUGCAUACAAGCUUCUUGCAGUGCCAUCUCCAAUUGGUGGAGUUCUUGUAGUUAGUGCAAAUACUAUUCAUUAUCAUAGUCAGUCAGCAUCAUGCAUGUUGGCUUUGAACAACUUCGCUGUCUCUGUUGAUAGUAGUCAGGAAAUGUCCAGAUCAAGUUUCAAUGUGGAGCUCGAUUCUGCCAAUGCAACUUGGUUAACAAAUGAUGUGGCCAUGUUGUCGACAAAGACAGGGGAACUGCUUCUGUUGACACUUGUUAAUGAUGGGAGGGUUGUGCAGAGACUUGACCUUUCAAAGUCUAGAGCGUCAGUACUUACAUCGGGGAUUACAACUAUUGGGAACUCAUUAUUCUUUUUGGGUAGUCGGUUGGGAGAUAGCUUGCUUGUGCAAUUUAGCUAUGGAGUAGGAGCAUCAAUGUUGCCUCCUGGUGUGAAGGAGGAGGUUGGGGAUAUUGAGGGAGAUGUCCCUUCGGCAAAGCGGUUACGAGGGUCCUCUUCUGAUGCUUUGCAAGAUAUGCUUAGUGGGGAAGAGCUUUCCUUAUAUAGUUCAGGUCCAAAUAAUGCACAGUCUGCACAGAAGACUUUCUCAUUUGCAGUGAGGGAUUCACUGAUUAACGUUGGCCCUUUGAAAGACUUUUCUUAUGGUUUGAGAAUCAAUGCUGACCCUAAUGCCACAGGAGUUGCUAAACAAAGUAACUAUGAACUGGUGUGCUGUUCUGGUCAUGGAAAGAAUGGUGCGCUCUGUGUGCUUCAGCAGUCAAUCCGCCCAGAGAUGAUUACACAAGAAAAUUUACAAGGUUGCAAGGGAGUUUGGGCUGUAUACCACAAGAGUACGCGGAGUCAUAAUAUUGAUUCUUCAAAGAUGGCAGCUGAUGAUGAUGAAUACCAUGCAUAUUUGAUUAUUAGUUUGGAGAGUCGUACAAUGAUAUUACAGACAGCUAACAAUCUGGAGGAGGUUACCGAAAAUGUUGAUUAUUAUGUCCAAGGAAGUACAAUUGCUGCAGGAAAUCUGUUUGGAAGGCGCCGAGUUAUCCAAGUCUUUGCUCGUGGUGCCCGAAUUCUUGAUGGUGCUUUUAUGACUCAAGAUUUGAGCUUUAGCACUCCAAACUCUGAAGCUGGCUCCAGUUCUGAAAGUUCAACAGUAUCAUCUGUUUCUAUAGCUGAUCCAUAUGUGUUGCUAAGAAUGACAGACGGAAGUAUUCAGCUUCUUGUUGGAGAUCCUUCUAAUUGCACUGUUUCCAGCAACAUUCCUGCCGUAUUUGAAAGCUCAAACAAAUCAAUAUCUGCCUGCACACUCUAUCAUGAUAAAGGACCUGAGCCAUGGCUCCGGAAGACAAGUACCGAUGCUUGGCUUUCUACUGGCAUUGGCGAGGCUAUUGAUGGGGCUGAUGAUAUACCUCAUGAUCAGGGUGACAUAUACUGUGUUGUUUGUUACGAAAGUGGUGCUCUCGAAAUAUUUGACGUGCCUAAUUUCAGUUGUGUUUUCUCGGUGGACAACUUUGUGUCUGGAAAGUCCUACCUUGUAGAUACCUUUGUCAAGGAUCCAUCUAAUGCUUCUGAACAAUUUAUGAAAAACGAUUCUGAAGAUGUGGCUGGCCAUGCCAGGAAAGAGAAUAUCCAGAAUAUGAAGGUUGUAGAGUUGGCCAUGCAAAGAUGGUCAGGGCAGCAUAGCCGCCCAUUUCUUUUUGGAAUAUUGACUGAUGGGACGAUUCUUGGUUACCAUGCUUACCUCUUUGAAGGUUCAGAAAAUGCUUCUAAAAUUGAGGAAGUCGUUACGGUACAGAAUUCUGUUAACCUUAGCAGUUCUAGGCUUAGAAAUUUAAGAUUUGUUCGAGUUCCCUUGGACACAUAUUCAAGGGAGGAGACAUCAUCUGGAACUCCAUCCCAACGAAUAACCAUAUUCAAGAAUGUUGGAGGUUUCCAAGGAUUAUUCCUCUCUGGGUCAAGACCAGUUUGGUUCAUGAUGUUCAGAGAACGGCUUCGAAUACAUCCACAGCAAUGUGAUGGACCUAUUGCUGCCUUUACUGUUCUUCACAAUGUAAACUGUAACCAUGGACUUAUAUAUGUUACCUCACAGGGUAUUUUGAAAAUUUGCCAACUUCCAUCUUUAUCGAGUUAUGACAACUAUUGGCCAGUACAAAAAAUUCCUUUAAAGGGGACUCCACAUCAAGUCACUUACUUUGCUGAGAAGAAUUUAUAUCCACUUAUAGUUUCAGUUCCAGUUCCUAGGCCAUUGAAUCUAGUUCUCUCAUCUCUGAUGGAUCAAGAAGUUGGCCACCAGAAUGAACAGGACAACUGGGGUUCAGAUGGAACUUACACUCUAGAAGAAUUUGAGGUUCGGAUUUUGGAACCAGAAAAAUCUGGUGGUCCUUGGCAAACUAGGGGUACAAUUCCUAUGCAGAGUUCUGAAAAUGCUUUGACUGUGCGAGUGGUUACAUUGUUUAAUACAUCAACAAGAGAAAAUGACACACUUUUGGCUAUUGGGACUGCUUAUGUGCAAGGGGAGGAUGUUGCUGCAAGAGGGCGUGUUCUCUUGUUUUCUGUCGAAAGAAAUGCUGAUAAUUCUCGGAUUUCUGUUUCCGAGGUCUACUCCAAGGAGUUGAAGGGUGCUAUAUCUGCUCUUGCUUCACUUCAAGGUUCUGAGUUGAAUGGCGUUGCUUUUUAUGAUGUUCCACCUCUUUACGUUGUGAGCUUAAAUAUUGUAGGUGUCUUCUCCACAACUUCAAUUCCUCUGCUGUAUGUUUUUUCCCUGUCGUGUUCUCUUGAUUGGCGAUUUCUGGAGUGAGGUGCAUGAUGUGAAACUACAAAAUUGUUAUAGAGCCAGAUUGCCCAUCUGUUUUGUGAAUAUUGCCAAGGCAAUUAGAUGCCUCAAUUAAUUAAAUUAGCAAAAAUAAAGGAGCACAGAAUCUCAGUUGCACAUAUAUUGAUUUACAUUGGAAUGAAGUGUCAUGGCAAAUGCAUGUAGCAUCUAGUCUUAUUUAUAAUUUUC